AUGGCCCGGGACCCUAGGCUCUGCCCGCACCGAGGGACUCCUCCCAGACCCGCCGGCCAGCUCCAGAAAGAGCAGGUGGAUCCACAGCCGCCUCCUCACCAGAGAGGAGGUUCUCAUCUUGUCGCAGGAAAAAUUCAGAGACAACAGGGAGAAGAAGGCACUGCGAGGACUUCUGGGGCACAGAGGGCCGAUGGGGCUGUUUACCUGCUGGAGCAGCAAGAGGUGCAGCCCUGGGCUCUGGGCCGGUUGGGGGCAGGGGUGCUUAGACAUCUCACUCUGCUCUCUUCCAGACUGAGGCCAAAGAAUUGGAGCGGGAUGCGCUGGACCCCUGUGUUGUCUGUCCUGAGCCCAGGGCUGGCACUGGACAACAAUGGAUCCGAGUUCCCUCAGGAGCAGAGACAGAGGCCCAGGUGGGAGCGAGUGGCCAGCGGGAGGUGGAGGUGCACAGCCCAGCAGCGGUCCGAGUGCAGGAAUCCGGGGCGGUUCUGGUCCCGUUGGGGGCGAGCCUGGGGACAGAAGCCCUUCUGCGAGGAGCGCUGUGCCGCCCGCCGGCUCCAGACCUCUGCCUCCUUCCCUGUGAGAGGAGGCCUUUGGGCGGCUCCGGACAGGGAGGCGGGCCCUCCUUCCCGCCGCUCCUCCAGCUCCAGGCCGGGGCCCGGCAGUGGAACUCCUUGUGCCUGCAGCGCUUGCCCCACCCGGAAGCCCGGGGCGCGGAGCAGAGAGGCCAUGGCCUGGGGCCCUAGUCUCCGCCCGCAUCGAGGGGCUCCUCCCAGACCCGCCAGCCCGCUCCAGGAAGAGCCGAAGGAUUCACAGCCGCCUCCUCACCAGAGAGGAAGUUCUCAUCUUGUCGCAGGAAAAAUUCAGAGACAACAGGGAGAAGAAGGUACUGCGAGGACUUCUGGGGCACAAGGGCGGAUGGGGUGCCACUUUGGCUAGAGGAGAACUCAUCCUUGGAGACCCAGCUCAGAUGUUGCCUCAUGCAAGAAGACAUGCUGUUGGCCACCCUUUCUUGCUGCCUUUGGCCCCAUGUGCCACACCCAGGACUGUGA